AUGCCACACGGCUCAAACGUCGGAUACCCCCAGAGUUACGACUCUGGUGACCAGCAGCACUACAGUGCGGCUGCAGUUCACAAGGAGGGGAACCUGCACCAAAUCAACACAGAUGGAUAUUUGGACAAGAACAAGAUCAUGAAUGAACUGGCAGAGAGAGACAUCCAAGAGCAUGUCAAAGAACGAAUGAAGAAUGAACCUGGGUUUGCGGCCAUGCGAAACGGAAAUAAACCCUCGCGAGGCGCUAUGGUCGACGCCCAGAUCGCUAAAGAAGAAGCUGAGAUGCUCGCCGCGAAGAGAAAGAGCAAGAAGGGUAGUAUGGGCAGCAUUUCCAGCUCGGGCUCGAUGAGUGAAUAG